AUGAAGUCUGGUCUUGUUGUCGCAGCCACCCUGCUGGGUGCUGCCAAUGCUGGCAUGCACCGCAUGAAGCUCCAAAAGGUGCCGUUGGAGGAGCAGCUCAGCGCUGCCAACAUUGGUGACCACAUGCGAGCUCUCCGACACAAGUACACUCAGAAGAUCAUGGGAGGUCCUUCUGAAGACAUCUUUAGAGAGACCUCGAUCCAUCCCGAUGGUCCUCACGAUGUCCCUGUGGAGAACUUUUUGAAUGCUCAAUAUUUCAGCACCAUUGCACUGGGAACCCCGCCUCAAGAGUUCAAGGUUGUCCUCGAUACCGGAUCUUCCAAUCUCUGGGUCCCCAGCCAAUCUUGUGGCUCGAUUGCCUGUUAUCUCCACCAGAAAUAUGAUUCCUCAGCGUCCUCUACAUACAAGAAGAACGGAUCAGACUUUGGCAUCCGCUAUGGAUCCGGCGAGGUGGCUGGCUUCAUCUCCCAAGAUGUUCUACGCAUCGGUGACUUGAAGAUUAAGGACCAACUCUUUGGUGAGGCCACUAGCGAGCCUGGAUUGGCCUUCGCUUUUGGCAGAUUCGAUGGUAUUUUGGGUCUCGGAUACGACACCAUUUCUGUCAACCACAUCCCCCCACCGUUCUAUAACAUGAUCGACCAGAAGUUGCUCGACGAACCUGUCUUCGCUUUCUACCUAGGCAACACUGAUGAUGGCACUGAGUCAGAGGCUACCUUUGGCGGCAUUGACAAGAGCCACUACACCGGCAAGAUGGUUAAGAUCCCACUCCGCCGCAAGGCUUACUGGGAGGUCAACCUUGACUCCAUCAGCUUUGGCAAGGAGACUGCUGAUCUCGACAACACCGGAGUCAUCCUCGACACUGGUACUUCCCUGAUUGCCCUUCCCACAACCCUCGCGGAGCUGCUCAACCGCGAACUUGGGGCCAAGAAGGGAUUCAACGGACAAUAUACCGUAGAGUGCGACAAGCGUGACUCUCUUCCAGACAUCAGCUUUACUCUCAGCGGCUACAACUUCUCCAUUACGGCCUACGAUUACAUCCUUGAAGUCCAAGGUUCUUGCAUCAGCAGCUUCAUGGGCAUGGACUUCCCAGCUCCUACUGGGCCAUUGGCUAUCCUCGGUGACAGCUUCCUGCGCAAGUGGUACAGUGUGUACGAUCUGGGCAAUAAUGCUGUUGCCUUGGCACAGGCCAAGUAA